AUGAGCGGUGAUAGUCGGAAGAGAAGUAGUUCGGAGGCUGGCAGCCCAAAUGUCAAUGACUCUAAAAAAAGGCCAUCGUCAGCAAUCAUGGCCAUCACUAGAUCGAUCGCAGCGUGUAAAAGAUGCAGAACGAAGAAGAUUAAGUGUGACCAGCGUUUCCCUACGUGCUCGAAGUGCGCUGCGGCCAACGAUCCGUGUGUUUCGGUGGACCCGGCGACCGGGCGAGAUGUGCCCCGAUCUUACGUAGUUUUCCUGGAAGACCGGCUGGAGGCGAUGAUGAACAAGCUCAAAGAGUGCGGAGUUGAUCCCACGCACAUUCAAGGAAAUAUUCCGGCAACUGAUAGGGACAACCCUUGCGACUUGAAGCUGUACGAAGAGCAAAUGAGAGAUGAGCAUAAGAUACCGCACGAUAACAUCAUGGCCGGCUACAUUAUUAACCAUGGAACAUCGAUCCAGAAAGGUGUGAGUAAAGGUGCGAAGGGAGAGGUGAAAAGCUCUCCUGGCGAGCCCGUAUCCGAGCUAAGCGAGUCUGCCCGGCGUCUGGAAAGUCUCGGCUCUAUGAAGCGUUCACAACACAAAUCUGGCGAGUCUGCGCUAGGUGCAGCUUCCAAUUCGUAUCUUGGAGAUUCUUCGGGGAUCCCUUUUGCGAAAUUGAUCUUUACCGCAAUCAACUUCCUCCCAGACGCCGUUGAAGAAGCAGCAAAGCAGGAAGAGGAAGAACCAGAGAAAAAGGAUGAAGAUUUAGUGGUAGAUAUCUCCUAUCUUCCCACGAAAAUGGAGGCUCAGGAAUUAGUCUCCCAAUACUUCGCGCGUUGCAACUCCCAGCUCCCAAUUUUGCAUCGAGAAUAUUUCUUAAAGAGAUACUUCGAACCUAUUUACGGAACAUGGGACAAAAGCGUGUCUAUGUGUUCCGACACUACACUGAUAAAUGAAAAUUUCACUCUCCCGCCGGACAAGAUUGAUGAGGACCUCGUUGGAGACCCCUGGUAUGAUCCACUGUUAUCCGAAGUCGACCGAGAACCCAAGGAAGUACCUAGUAAAUUUCACACUCCAUUGUUUUUCCUGAAUAUAGUAAUGGCGAUUGGGGACUCUGCCAAAAUUUUGAUAUCUGACGAACGCCGGUCUGUCGCAUUCAAGAAUAGGGCGUCGACUUUCAUGGACGCCUUGUUUAGAUCCGACGACCUCAUGGCAGCCCUUGCGGGUACUCUUCUCAUAGCUCAAUAUUCUACAAUGCGGCCAAACGUCCCAGGUGUUUGGUAUACCAUGGGAUCUGCCCUUAGGUUGGCUGUCGACCUCGGACUACAUGCGGAGAAACUCAACAGAAACUAUGAUCCAUUUACCAGGGACAUGAGACGUCGACUGUUUUGGUGCACAUACUCCCUUGAUCGACAAAUUUGCGCUUUUUUCGGGCGUCCUUUUGGAAUUCCCGACGAAAAUGUUUCCACUGAGUUUCCCAGUGAUCUAGAUGAUGCGCUCAUUACGACUGCAGCCGAUGAUAUAGAGGACUACUCGCAAGUGAAAAGUGCAAUGGCAUCAUACAAGUGCGUUUCCAGUGCAUUUUUUGUGCUGCGAAAACUUCAAGCUGAGAUUGUCCAGGAGCUUUAUGCCCGUAAGAAUCUGCCGGACGGAUUUACCACUAUCCACGAGUGGAGGGAGCACAUGAACGCUCGCUUGGAUAAGUGGUACCAAAAAAAAGUGCCCAAAACCACCCGGAAAAUGAAUUGCAAUUUUACACUCGAACUUUUUCAACUGGAACUUCACCACUCGAAAGUUUUGUUGUAUGGUUUAUGUCCAAAAUCGAUGACAUUAGAUGAACAUGGAUUCCGCAUCGUUUAUCACAACACCAAGGGGAUUAUUGACGUCUACUACAAGUUAUGCCGGGAGAAGAAUAUUAUGUACACUUGGGUUGCGGUUCACAACCUUUUCAUGGCCGGGAUGACAUAUCUGUAUGUGUUGCAUAAUGCGAGUGUUGAACUCCGAGAAACUAUUCAAGAUCCGCAAAAAACGUGCGCACAGUUAGUGUACGUAUUGGAAAAAUUGGUUGGUAAGUGUGAAGCUGCACGGAAGGGAUCGAUCAUCUUCAAGGUGUUGUCGGCUGUGAUCCUCAAGUUACAAGUAGAAAACGCGUCUAAAAUCCAGAGCGUACCGCAACAGGAAGACCAAAGAAGAGAAAGCGAGAGCAAUAUGGUAGCGCUGGGGGAAGAGUCUCCUUUGUACCACUUGUUGGAUACUGGGAAAGGUGCGCUUGCACCAACAGUCGACUCUCGUGCAUUAGAUCAGUUUUUCUCGGAGCUUGACAAAUUACCCUCUUUGCCGGGUCUGGCGGACGAUUUCGAUGGCUUGGAUAAGUCAGGUCCAGUAGUGGGCCCAAUCACGAGCGAGGACCCCAAAUUCGGUCAAAGUCAAGUAGUUCCUGUGAUAGAAGGCACUGACGAUCUGAGUAAUGGAAUGGAUGCUUCGGAUCCGACGUCUAAGGCUUCUACUUGGCCGGAAAUAAGCGACCCCAGGGACGGCCAAAGGGUUUACGACAUGAUGAGCCAGUUCAGCACAGAGACUAUAUGGGAUCAGGUAUUCAGUAAUGGAGGGUUUGUGGGUUUAAACGGUUAG